CUGCACUACGGGACCCUCCUGGGCAGCAGAGCUUGUGUCCACAUGGCAGCAGCUGCCUGGGGCAGUGGGUUUCUCAAUGCUGUGCUGCACACGGCCAAUACAUUUUCUAUACCACUCUGCCAGGGCAAUGCCCUGGACCAGUUCUUCUGUGAAAUCCCCCAGAUCCUCAAGCUCUCUUGCUCAGGCUCAGACUACCUCAGGGAGGCUGGGCUUCUUAUAUUAAGUUCUUUUUUAUCAUUUGGGUGUUUUGUUUUCAUUGUGCUGUCCUAUGUGGAGAUCUUCAGGGCCGUGCUGAGGAUCCCCUCUGAGCAGGGACGGCACAAAGCCUUUUCCACGUGCCUCCCUCACCUGGCUGUGGUCUCCCUGUUUGUCACCACUGCCCUGUUUGCUCACCUGAAACCCCCCUCCAUCUCUUCCCCAUCCCUGGACCUGGUGGUGGCAGUUCUGUACUCGGUUGUGCCUCCAUCAGUGAACCCCCUCAUCUACAGCAUGAGGAACCAGGAGCUCAAGAAAGCCCUGAGGACACUAAUCCAAUGGACCUUGCACCACCAACAGUAA